GCCUGCUGCCUUGCCGGCCUGCUCUUCGGUACUAGAGGAUUGACGCGAUCACUCAAGCCGAUUGCGCUUCGCCAGCGAGCACAGGGCCUGUCUGCUUCGUCCUCAAUCUCCCACAGCCCUUGAACGAGCUUGCGCUGGAGGGAGCCUUUGCGCUUCCCCGUCCCAUUCCACUCACUGCACGCCCACAAGACCAAACAGCUGUUUCAGCUCCAUGGAGCGCUAUCAAACGUUAGGUCGCAUCGGCGAGGGUACAUACGGCGUGGUGUUCAAGGCAAAAGACAAGGUUUCGCAGCGGGUGCUGGCCUUGAAGCAAAUCAGGUUGGAACAGGAGGAAGAGGGCGUGCCCUCAACCGCAAUUCGGGAAAUUUCGCUGCUGAAAGAGCUGAACCACGAGAACAUCGUGUGCCUGGAGGAUGUUGUGCAUGAGGACCGCAAGCUGUACCUGGUAUUUGAGUUCCUGGACGUGGACCUCAAGAAGCACAUGGACUCCAAUCCGCAGGUGUACCUGGACCAGACAGUGGUGAAGCACUUUCUGUACCAGAUGCUGCAAGGAAUAGCGUACUGCCACUCGCACCGCAUACUACACCGCGAUAUGAAGCCACAAAACCUUCUGAUCGACCGCAUUACCAACACCAUGAAGCUGGCGGACUUUGGGCUGGCACGUGCGUUUGGCAUCCCUGUCAGGCAGUAUACACACGAGGUCAUCACGCUGUGGUAUCGCGCGCCAGAAAUUCUGUUGGGCAUUAAGCACUAUUCGACCCCCGUGGACCUGUGGAGCAUAGGCUGCAUUUUUGCAGAAAUGGUCAACCAAAAGCCGCUGUUUCCUGGCGACUCGGAAAUUGACGAGCUGUACAAAAUUUUUCAGGUGCUUGGCACCCCGUCGGAGGCCAACUGGCCAGGCGUGUCGCAGCUUCCUGACUACAAGGACUGCUUCCCUCAGUGGCGACCGCGCGACUUGCAGUCAGUGGUGCCCACUCUAGAUCCACUUGGCAUUGACCUGCUGGCUCGGCUACUGCGGUACAAUCCCUCCGAGCGCAUCACAGCACGUGCAGCGCUUGAGCACCCCUGGUUCUCCUGAACAACUGUUUGCCUCCAAAAUCUCGAUCACCCCGAGUGUCUCUCCAUGUUUCUCUCCCCAAGUUCUCUUCGCCUUGAUGAGCUCCGGCCAGUUGUGUGUCCGCAACGAACUGAUGGCUGGCAUUUGUGUCAAUGAUUCGACGGC